UCCGUCCCUGUAGUGGAGAUCCUCCUGGUGGAGAUCUGCAACCAGAUGCUCUUGGGAGAGUCGGAAACCGACAGUCAUAGGAAGAGAUGCUGAAUGAGAGUUUUGUGGAAAUUGCAAGAUACAAUUGAACCCCAUCGCUGGAACUCAUGCAUGAACCUGAAAUCCCGUCAAAACCAGUUUGGACAAAAAAAUGAGAGGUGUGACCCUGACUUAUAUUUGAGGGCCAAGCAGGUUUUUCUCAUUUGUCAAAGGAUAAGAGGAAGUCAUUGGGGAAGACAGGAGGAACACAAGAAAGUCCUGAGACUACAGUGACAAUGGAGGACAAGACGGAUGGAACGCAAGAAAGUCCUGAGACCUCGGUGACAAUGGAGCGCAAGACGGAUGGAACGCAAGAAAGUCCUGAGACCUCGGUGACAAUGGAGCGCAAGACGGAUGGAACGCAAGAAAGUCCUGAGACUACAGUGACAAUGGAGGACAAGACGGAUGGAACGCAAGAAAGUCCUAAGACCUUGGUGACAAUGGAGGGCAAGACCGAAGGAACACAAAGACCUGCUCAGCCCACGUCGAUAAGUAUACGGCAGCAACAGGGGAUAAAAUUCUUUUCUGAAACAUGUAGCUGCAAACUGCCUCCCGGAUUUUUUAUGAAGAAAGGGUCUGAAUCCUUACCUGUUGUGAAGGAGCCAUCAAAAUCCAUGAGAAGUGAAAAGAAGCCGAGAAACAUCUGUAGGAAGCCCUCAUCUCCUCAACAUCACAGAACCUCCACAUCUGCAACGAUUAACAUGGAUUGGGUUUUGGAACUGCUGUCAGGAAAUGAGAACUUAUUUACACCAGAUGUGGUGGAAACAAGUAACAAGUCAGAAUUCAGGUUCCAGGUGAAACAUCCUGGAAGGUUCUUCUGCUGCGUCACAGGCUUGGUGUUUGUGAUGGAGUCCAGCGGGCAGGUGACCUACAGCUUCUGCUCCUGGGAAAAAAAACCUAAGAUCCCUGGCAGCUGGAGUCUGGCGGGGCCCCAUAUUAACAUCGAGUGUCCCCAAGGGACCCUGAAGGAGCUGCACCUCCCUCACUGUGAGAUGUCGUUUGCAGAAGAAAACCUGGCUGUAGCACAUGUAACCAAAGACAACAUGGAGAUUCUGCAGCCACAGAAGGUGACAGACACACAUGUGGUCAUCAGCAUCACCAGCCUCUCUAUUUUUGGAAUCCUAAAGAGGAAAAUAUUUCCCAAGGUCCGAGGGCAAGUGCUACUGCUUCUCCGGCCUGGAGAUAAAAUCUUGAAUGUGUUCUUGCUGCCCCUGAAUGUGCCUCCUGACCAGGUGCACCAGCAGAUGCAACAGAGACAAAACCUCUUCAUUCCUACCAGCUCAUUGUGCACGCUCAUUCAUAAAGAGCUGUACAGGAUGUCCAGUGACCACGAGGCAAUAAGGAGGAUCCAGCCAGAGAAUGAAGAGUUCGACUGCAGUUUUGACCAAACAAUCCACCCAACUUUUGAGGUAUUUCUGAACCGUGACGUGGUGGAAGUGGAGCUGAGUGUCUUGCAAGACAGCAGCGGUAAAGACGUGUGGCAGCGCAUCAUCAGCCUCACAGGUCACGGCUGCAAUCAAGUCUCCAACCCUUCAUUAGUGGCCUGCUGCCUACCAGAACAGAAGUUUGUGCCCACAGGUGCGGCUUUUGUAGACCAACACAAGCAAGCCAUCAUCCAGAAAGUGACACUGAUUAAACCAAUACUGGAUGAAAUCCCCAUCUCUGAGGAGAAGUAUAAUUACAUAUGUGCUGCCAAUACCAGGCAGGACAGGAUGAGGAGGCUGUAUGAGGUCUUGAACUGUGAAACACUGAAAAUGCUUUUUUUUGCCUCCCUGAAGAAGAAGGAACCACACCUUGUCUCAGAAUUGAAAAGCUAUUAAUUGGACCAGUAUGUAAAACUCCAUUCCCCACUCUAAUUCUCCCAGCUUACAGGGUGUUCCUCAGGCAGUGCUCUGUGAAAUUGGUUCAUACUUUCUGCCACAUUGUACCUCAACCUCCUAAAAACCCUGUCAGUCCACACAGACGUCUUAUCACAUCCUUUUAUAUCCUUCAAAAUAUAUUUCCAUCAGAGUAACACUGUUAACUGUAUGCUUCCUUAACAUUAAUGAUCUUAACUGCUAGAACUAAAGUCUCCUUCUUCAUCACAUUAGUAUGACAAAGACCCAAAAUGUCAAUACAAUGAGAGAUUCUUAAAAAUCUUAAGCAGACUGUUGUUGAGUAUAUGGCUGCUUCGGAAGGAUGGUCUGAAUUAAAAUAAAACAGUGUACACAUUCUCA